AUGGACUCAAUUUUCAAAUCAGUGGAAGUGAUGGCAGAAGCGAUGCAAUCAUAUGAUAGGUUGUGGUCUCCACAAACACAACAUCACAUCCAAUCAGAGGUAAGCGUCGAGCGCUUCGCUGUUGAGACAAGCGUUCAGCCAAUCAUUCACAAAAUGUCGAAAAGUCUGAAGCGAUUGUCGUUUGAGAAGUUGGAAGAAGAGGUAAGUCCGGCGAAACGGAGCGCCAAAUGGGAGGACAGGGCGGUGGAGAGCGGGUCCGUCGAGACGUCC